GAUAGAUAUAUUUAUCCGAGUCCUCCAAGAACACCAAACGAGAAGCUCCAAGCUCGCAAUAAUUCACCAAGAAUCGCACCACUUUUCACCUUUUCUUCUCCUCCUCCAUUUCCAUCCAUGGCGACGCUGCUGCUGCUGCUGCACACGGCGCAACAGUGAGCUAUAGCUAGAGCUCGGCACCACGGGUUAGCAAUGGCGGUGGCGGCGGCGGCGGCGGCGAGGCGGCGAGAUGUCUCUUGUCUUCUCCUCCUCCUGUGCUUCAGCUCGUCAAUGGCGGCGACCGGCGGCGGCGGCGGCGGCGGCGAGCAGGAGGCUGACAGGGUGGCGCGGCUCCCGGGGCAGCCGGCGAGCCCCGCCGUGUCGCAGUUCGCCGGCUACGUCGGCGUCGACGAGCGGCACGGCAGGGCGCUGUUCUACUGGUUCUUCGAGGCGCAGGCGUCGCCGGCGCCGGAGAAGAAGCCGCUGCUCCUCUGGCUCAAUGGAGGACCUGGUUGCUCUUCCAUUGGCUAUGGUGCUGCAUCAGAGCUAGGGCCUCUCAGAGUUGCAAGACAAGGAGCAGCACUAGAGUUCAACCAGUAUGGCUGGAACAAAGAGGCUAACCUCCUGUUCUUGGAGUCUCCUGUUGGGGUCGGCUUCUCCUACACCAACACAUCCUCUGACCUCUCCAAUCUUAAUGAUGAUUUUGUAGCUGAGGAUGCUUAUAGUUUCCUGGUGAACUGGUUCAAGAGAUUUCCUCAGUACAAGGACAAUGAGUUCUACAUCUCAGGGGAGAGCUAUGCAGGUCACUAUGUGCCCCAACUUGCUGACCUUGUCUAUGAGAGGAACAAAGACAAAAGGGCCAGCACAUAUAUCAACCUCAAGGGGUUCAUUGUAGGCAACCCUCUCACCGAUGAUUACUAUGAUUCAAAAGGUUUGGCUGAGUAUGCCUGGAGCCAUGCAAUUGUGUCGGAUCAAGUUUACGAGCGCAUCAAGAAAACUUGCAACUUCAAGAACUCCAACUGGACUGACGAUUGCAAUGCUGCAAUGAACAUAAUCUUCAGUCAGUACAAUCAGAUAGAUAUAUACAACAUUUAUGCCCCAAAGUGCCUUCUAAACAGUACUUCAGCAUCUUCACCUGAUCGUGCAUUCUUCGCAAAUAACCAGGAACAAUUCAGGUGGAGAAUCAAGAUGUUUUCAGGCUAUGAUCCAUGCUACUCAUCCUAUGCUGAGGACUACUUCAAUAAGCAUGAUGUGCAAGAAGCAUUCCAUGCAAAUGCCAGUGGACUGCUUCCAGGGAAGUGGCAAGUUUGCAGUGACCAAAUCCUCAACUCUUACAAUUUCUCAGUACUUUCCAUCCUACCUAUAUACUCCAAGCUCAUCAAAGCAGGGCUGAGAGUUUGGCUCUACAGCGGUGAUGCUGACGGCAGGGUCCCGGUUAUCAGUUCUCGGUACUGCGUGGAAGCACUCGGCCUACCGAUCAAGACCGAUUGGCAAUCUUGGUACCUUGACAAGCAGGUUGCUGGGAGGUUUGUGGAGUACCAUGGAAUGACAAUGGUGACUGUCAGAGGGGCAGGUCACCUGGUUCCCCUCAACAAACCUGCUGAAGGGCUUAUGCUGAUAAAUGCAUUCCUUCAUGGUGAGAAGCUUCCGACAAGCAGAUGAUAUGCGCUGCUGAUGAAGCUUUGGAGGUACAAGAUGGCAUGAGAUACAGGCAUGGACAUCAAUUUUCAUUGAAAGGCGCCAAUCGGAUAGAUUUGAUAUGGUAGUAUCCAAAUCAAUUUCAAGUGCGCCGUAAAUUCAGUACUCUGUUGAACAUUCUUUUAAAUCUGUUGUUGACUAUGACUUUCUUCUUUUGUGUUUUUUUUACUCACCUUUUCCAUAUUAUAAGUCGUUUUGGGUUUGUCCUAUAAUCAAACUUUUUAAGUCUGACAGUUUAUAGAAAAAUAAAGUAACAUUUUCAA